AUGGACGAUAAACCAGAUUUAUCUCAUUUAACUCCUGAAGAAAGAAGAAUUAUUGAAGAUGUAAUGAACAGACAAAAGCAAGAGGAGGCUAAAGAUGCCCAAUUGGUUGGAAAAUCUUCAACCAUUAGAAGACAAAGUAUGAAAGAACAUGUCACCACUACACGUACAGCAUACACUACAAAUCCCAGUGAAAACCCCUCCAAUGCUACAAUAGUUAAUGGUGAAAUUGUGAAUAAAUUAUCCUCAACAAACAACACAAAUACCUCAUUACCAUUUGGAAAUGCUGUGGUCAAUAUGAUGACUGAAGCUGUACAUGCUGUAAGUGGGAAUAGUGGUAGCGGUAUUACUGGUGUAACUGGAGCUACAACUGGUCAUGCAGCAAACGUUUGUGAAGCAUGUCAUAAAACUAAAUUCGCUGACAACUCCGGAAACUUAUGUAUUUAUUGUAAACGUAGAACCUGUACACGAUGUGGAAGUCAUUCUGAAAUAAAACCCAAUGUGAUUCAAUGGAUGUGUAAAGACUGCCUUCAAAGUCCCAACAUUUCUGAGCGACAACAAAUCCAAUCUGGCUCCAAUAUACCUGAUCAUACAAAUACAACUGUGAAUAGUAUUACUGGACGUUUGGGUGAAAGUAUUGCUAGUUUUAUCUCUAAGCCAAAAGCAUCGGAUACUAAAAGGCAAUUACCCCAAGCUAACACUACAAAUCAGAAUAUGACGCAUUCCUAUGAAGCAUCCAGUGGAAGUCGACUUCAAAAUGCAGGCUCAGGACGUCAGCUUCCAAAACCUUAUGCAGCAAACCGAUCGAACAGUUUAGAUGCAGACAAUACAACCUAUAUAAGUCCGGAUAAUUUUUUAUAUUACGGUGAUCAACAAAGACCGUAUAAUGAUACAUUUGUAAAAUACGAUCAGACUCCUGGUGAGUAUGGUCAUAACAGAUCCAGACGGAUAUCCGGUGAUUAUUACCCUUCAAAUGAAUUCAGUGCUUACCGAGAAGUACAAAAACGAUAUCCAGUCGAUCCAAGGUUGUCAAAUAAUCCAUAUCUUGAUCCAUUAUACGCAGGCGAUUCAUUCCCUUCAGAUCCCUCAGAUUCUCCAUGUCAAAGUGGUGGCAGUGUCAAACAGUCUUUACCAUACAGUAAAGCUUCAGCACGUGAUUACUCAAGAUAUCGUGAAAUGAGAUACAGAAGUGAUCAGCACUUUGAUUCUCAGUCACCAUAUUUAACACCGAAUUAUCCAUCUAGUUCGUUUGGUUUUCAAAGACGCAAUGUUCCAAACUGGGAAAAUUACCGUUAUGGUGCUAUACCACCAAGAUAUCGUGAUCAACUUCGUCAUCAUCAAUUACAUCACUUGUCAUUUAGCAGUUCCGAUGGAGAAGAUUUCAGUGUUGUUGACGAUGGUUCAGUUCCUUAUCAAGAACCAAGACGAAGGUUAUUACCAACUAAUUUUGAAAAAAGAAACUCACCUUAUUCUCAAGGAACUGUUACGGAUGAUGAUGAUCCUGCAAGUCAAUUUUAUAUUUCAAAACGUUCAUCAACUCCAUACUAUGAUGGACAAUUAAAACCAUAUGCAUGGGAUCAAGAUAGAGCAUUAUCUUUGUGUGAUGAACCUCCAAAAUAUAUAUGCGAUUAUGAAGCACAAUCGGAGCACCAUCGACGACUUCCUGAGAACAGGACUUCAGUAUCUCAGAAAGAUAUUCAAUAUAAUCAUGAAGAUGGAACAAUUGUCACGAAAAGAAAACUACCUAAAAGUUCAUCUGUAAGUUACUGUUACUAUUCUUAUGCUACUUGCUACUAUUUUUCUUCAGUUAAUAAGCUACAAGAAGAAAGAUGUAUCAUUAAAUUGAGUGAAUAA